AUGUCAACUGAAUACGAACAACCCCCAACUCAACGUAGUUACCAACACUACAAUCAACAGCCUUAUCAACAGUACGAACCGCAUAGUCGACAACAGUAUGAUCAACAGUACGAACCACGCGGCCGGCAGCAGUAUGACCAACAUCACGAAUCACGUGCUCAUCAGCAAUACGAUCAACCGAAUGAUACGCGUCGCAACCAACAAUAUGAUCAACAUCCCUAUCAACAAUACGAUCAGCAAUAUGAUCAACGUGAAGCACAGCAACGUGUGGCAAUGCCCGAACGUGGUCGUGCCAUUCGUUUGUUGAGAAAUGGAGAUCCUUAUUUCACUGGUCGUACAUUCGUUAUUAAUCAACGAAGAUAUCCAGUGUUUGAUGUCUUCUUGGAUGAUGCAUCACAGGCCUUACGUGCUAAUUUUGGAGCUGUUCGAUGUAUCUAUACGCCGAAACAUGGUACAAGAUUGAAAGAUAUAACCGAAUUCGAAGAUCAUCGUACGUAUGUCGCUGGCGGUGGAGAAAGAUUCAAAAAACUCCAUUAUCUCGACAUUGCGGAAGGCAAGCGAGUUGCUACUCGAGGACAAGGUGCACCUAAAAUUAUUCCACUUCCUCCAGUUCGUCGAAUUGAUGCCGAAGGACGAGCAUUAAAGUUAUCUCGAUCAGAGAACGUUAUCAUAUACGUGUAUCGAAAUGGUGAUCCGUUGACACUACCAGCGAAAGUCCUACUCGUGAAAUCGAUAUUACAAAGCUGGGAUUCUGUACUAGAUGAAAUAACUCGAAAAGUAUCACUUCCAAACACGGCCGUACUAAAAUUAUAUACAAUGAACGGAGAUUUGGUAGUGUCAGCGCAUCAACUAGAGUAUAAUGGAAUGUAUGUUGGUGCUGGUAAAGAACGGUUUCGCCGUAUAGACUAUCCAGAUCCCAAGUCCUUCAGUGCAAAUUCGUCACCAAAAAUGUCGAGAAAAUCAUCGAAACAUCAACUGUUCGUUGUCCGUCCUCAACUAAGACUACCUCCAUUACAAAAGAGAGUCGAUGAUUCGAGUACAGAUCACGACCAUCGAGGAUCAUCCUCCGAAGGACAUCACAGAUAUAUCAAAGGUGAUGGUAUGUAUACAUACACAACGACAACUGCGACAUCAUAUGGAAGCAACGAAACUGCAGGGCAACGACGUCCUGUUCGAGAAGAAUACGAUUUUUUCAAUCAUAAACCACAACAACACCGCCGUGGACCAGUUAAAGAAACGGAUCUUGAUCGAGAUGAUGGCGGUAUUUAUAAAGGCCGGUUGAAUCAUCAUGAACGUGUUCGAGAAAUUGACGAAACUCACGAUACUAAAGUUGAUCUGCCCGUAGAACAUCGGCAAAUUGAAACUGUAGAAGAUGAAAACUUUCACGGCAACGCAGGAAGAAUACCUCGUCCUCCACAACACCAGCCUGCGAAGCAAACUAUGCCCGAUACUCGUCGACGACCAUCGAAGACUCCACCAAAAGCUCAUAAAAAUGAUAACCAUCGAUAUCCGAACGCAAACCAUCGUAAUCAUAAUCCCAGUAAUGGUUACGAUCGUCGUAGUCCUACUCAAAGCGACGAUGAUCUGAAGGAACAUCGACAAUCGUUUGUGACAUCGAAUAGCUUGGCUAAUAAAAACAAAGAGGAACAAGCAGCAACAGUCAUUCAGUCGCAUGUUCGUGGUUAUUUAACUCGUAAGCAGACACAGGAAGCUUUGAAACAACGUGAAACAUACAAUGGAGAACGAAAUGGCUAUCCGUACUGUCAACCAUCGCAAACGAACGAGCUUGAACGUGGCUACGACAAAACGCAUAAUUACACAUAA